ACAUUGAUUUGGGGUGUUUUCCUGUUCGCUGUGUAUAAGUAUGCAGGCCGAACGUUCUCCAAACAUCAGAGAUAACAAGCUGAACUUAGCUGAGAUUUUCAACUCACAGCUGCUCCCUCACACCAACAAACACUCAGCUCAGGAUGGCUCGUCUUGCUCUGUCUGCAAUUGUGCUGCUGAUGGCUGUCGUCGCUCUCACUGAGGGUCUGCGUGGAGCUGGCCCAAAGAAGUGCUGCUUCAAAUUCAAUGACAAUGUGUCAAUAAAUAAAGUUGUGAGCUACACCAAGACCAGUCAGCGCUGCUCCAACCCCGGCAUCUUGCUGAACACAGUGGCCGGCCGUCAGCUGUGUGUCAAACCCUCAGCCCCCUGGGUGAAGGAGCUCAUCAGCUACCUGGACAACAAAAAUGUUGCAGGCUCCAACUCCAACCUGUAAACGUGCCGAUAAUAUGUCCACAAACCAGCUAACCUGAACAUUUAGGCUGGUUUUGAUGCUACAGUUUCUUACAGAAAACAGCUGCUCUCUUUCUACGAUAUUUACCAAAUAUUCUGAUAUUUGAUGGUAGACUACCAGGAUGACAUGAAGGGGAAUAAAUUUAUCUUCAUAUAAAUGAAGUUUUUUUUUUAUUGUUAUAGUUGUUAUUGAACAACAGGUGUAUUUGUGUUAAAUACAACAUUUAAACUUUGACCGUCAGCACUAUGAGCUUUUCUAUUAUUUGGAGUUUGAUUGAACUGACCUGAGAAAGUAUUUCUAUUGUAAAAGACAGAUGUCUUCCAAAUCCACGUGGUGUCAUCUUGAUUAUAUAAGCUAUGACUUAUUGCACUUGCUAAUGUAUGAGGAACUUGCCUGAUUAUCUAACUUUAUUUGAAGUCUUUUUAUAGUGAUGCUUUUGAACUCAUUGAAUGACUGAUGGAAAAGUUGUAAUCCAUUCAGAAGUGUAAUCCAUUUUUUCUGUAUGCAAACCAAUGUGAUUCUUGCAAAAUAAAGCUAGAUUACUUUCAAAAUUCAA